UAAAUUUUUUUAUUUACAUGAGUGGAACAGAGGAAGAGAGGAAACGAUUUUUCUUAAAAAGAAUGCUGCGAACUGAGUGAAAAAAAAAGUGGGUGUUUGCGAUGAAGUGGUGCCGGGAUCGCGUGUCGUGACGAUCGAUCAUCAUCAUCAUCAUCGACAUCAGUGGGAUAUCACCAAUCAAUCUCUCUUCCUCCUCUUGAUUUCUUCCUCAUCGUGGUUGUUGUUGUUGUUUGUUGUUGAUCAUCAUCAUCAUCAGCAUCAGUUUGAUCAGCAACGAAUGUCGAAACUGGUGACCUGGAUUUGUGGCCUGUUGGCAGCAGCAGCGGCAAUAGGAAACAUCGCAAUCAGCCAACAUAUGCCCAUGGGGGGAUCCGGUUUCUAUGGACGUGGGUUUCCUUGCCAGAAUUUCAGCCCCAUAUUCACUUCGGACCACGAGGGCCACUUUUUCUCUCCCAACUAUCCAGCACAGUACCCAAGGAACUUGGAAUGCCAGUUCCAGAUCUCAGCACCACCUGGAAAAAACAUAAAGCUGGACUUCAGAGGAGAGUUCUUUGAGCUGGAACCUUCAGACAGAUGGGAUGGCAGGUGUGAGGACACCAAUGACUACCUGGAGGUCAGGGAUGGUGCCCACGGAUACUCGACGCUGAGGGGCAGGUUCUGUGGCACCGGGUUCCCAGAGCCCAUAGUGUCUUCUGAUAGACACCUUUGGCUCAGUUUCAAAUCCGACGAGAACAUCGAGAUGCGGGGUUUCCAGGGCGUCUUUACAUUCGUCAACAACAGUGGUGAGACUCCAGAUAGAGAAGCUUGUCGGUUGGAAUUGGGAGGCAUCCAGGGCAUCAUCACACACAAGCAAAUCCCUGAGGAGCAGAAAAACUUCACCAGGAAACACUCCAAGAGGCUUGACUGCACCUGGGUCAUCAAGGUUGAGGAGGGGUACAAGAUUUUGCUGUCCUUCCUGACCUUUUCCCUGGAGCAGCCCAACGAAUGCGGCAUCAACUUCAUGGACGUGUACGGAGACAAGACCAACGAGCAAAGCAACUUGCGCCACUUUUGCGGGAGCAUGGCCGAAACGGAGCUGACCCCGGGCCACCUGGCCCACCUGCGGUUCGUCAGCGAACCCGGUGGACUCGAGUCCAAGUUCAACGUCAGCUACAAUGCCAUCAGGGACCUGACUGCUGAUAAUGGUACUGAUGACAAAUGUUUUGACACGGAGUUUGACUGCACUGAUGGGACUUGCAUCGACAAGGCCCUUUUGUGCAAUGGAAUCCACAAUUGCAAAUUCAUGCAGGAUGAAAUGGAGUCCGAAUGCAAAACUACUGAACCCGGCACAAAGAAAUUUGCAGAAAGCCACAUCCUGGUGAUCAUGACUAUUGGGUGCAUGUUACUCGGAGGAAUGUGCUUCAUCAUGGUCUUCAAUUGCAUACGAAAGCUACGAAAUGACAGAAGAGAAUACAAGGAGCGUCGGUCAGCAGAAGGCAGCUUGGACAGGUCAGCUGCAGAACAAGCUUCUCCUUCAGCAGCUGCCGUAAUGAUCCUCUUGGCACAACAACAACAACAACAACAACAGCAACAAAACCAACAACAACAACAGAACACAGCUGCGACCACAGCAACCACAAGUGCCCGAUCCACACCCACCAACACCAGCAAUCAUUUGCGUCGAGGAACGGGUUCCAGGCCGGGUUCUGUCGUGCUCCGCAACGGCGCCGCUUUCCGGUCCCCGCCGCCGCCGCCGCCGUGCGUGACGGAUCCCUGCGUCGCGGCGGCGGCGUACAGGUCCGCCUCGAGACUGACUCUGGCGGCGAGUCACAAGGAGACGCAGACGCCGACGACCAUGAGGUCAAGGUCUGAGACGCCGCCGUCGGGGUCGUCUCCGUCUUCUCUCUCGGGAGAGGACGACGACGUGGGCUCCAGCCCGCCGCCACCGCCGCCCUGCUUCAGUCCACACCACCACCAGGACCACCACCACCACCAUCAUCAUCACCACCACCAUCAGCAGCACAGCGACCACCACCAGCACCAAGCCCUCUCUCACCAACACCCACACCACCACCACCACCCACCCCUGCAGCACCAAAACAGCAUCAGCAGACCCUCACUCAUGACACGUGGCAUCAGCGAGUCGUCGGAUGAGCGGCUUUUGAUGUCUGGUCGACGCCCAGUGGCGCCCAUGCAAUCCUUCCGGCCGCCCCCGAUGGCGCCGCCGCCGCCGCCGCAAGCAAUGGGCGGGGUUUGGGAGCCCAUGUCUUCCAUUAGGCGGAAUUAUUCGUUGGGCAAGUCGCCUAGUGUGCGCAGCAUGCCGAGUCCUUCCAGCAGGAAUGUCCCCAUGAAGGGAGGCAGUCAUUACUACAACACCUUGCCUGGGAAUGCAGCAGAGGGAAGCACAGGUCAGCAACCCCGUUUCCGGGCUGAAGCCGUGAUUCAAAUGGGUCGGUUGAACGGCAGCAAUGACCCACAGCACCAACAGAGACGUCCACAGAGCUCCAUGAGUCACACAUCAACCAAAUCCGCUCCUGAUGUCGUUGUCUUGCACUGAAGACAAUUAAAAGAGAGAUAGAGAGAGAAAAUAUGUUAAUUAGGCCUUUUUUUAAUUGUCUCCCCAAUCACCUUAUCACUCCAUCUGUUCUAUAUGCCUUGUUAUGUUCUUUGUCAGAUCACAAUAAGUAGUGAUUUGGGAUCUCCUUUGAACAACUGGGGCUUGUUUUUAGAGCUUACACUGGGUGUUCAAAAAGUUACUGUGCUGGAAGAACUACACUUUCUGACAAUAAACAGUUAGCCAGCUAUUUUGUCCAUCGCCAUGCUGAGGUUGUUUCAGGGUGGGUAGAUGUCGCUGGCAACCACAAUGCAACUUUUACUUCAUAGAAAAUCAUCCAAAGUUCCAAAUGCUUCUCUGCAUUAAUUCAUGUAAUUAUCAAAAUAGUAACGGAUCAGCUUUCUUCUAAAAAAAACCCCCACGAGAAAAAAUUCUGCACGCAUUCAGUCAAAUUUUAAUGAGCUGAAAAGUUAUUCUGACUUCCAAUUUGAAUGAAUGAAUUCCCACUUCGCAGUAACUUUUUGGGCACCGUAAAUUUUUACACUCCCCACAUCAAGAAACUGCCUUUUUAAAGAAUUUGCAAGAAAAAGUGCAUAUCCUGAUGAUGCCUUCAGAGCUGGGAGAAUUACCAGUCAAAGUUACUCUUGUCUAAAUAGGACAUUGUAACAUUUUCUGAAUGAAUUUAAAGUUGGAGGUUUUAAGACAUUCCGACGUGGAGGAGUUGCACAGCAAAGAGAAGCAAAGAUUUUGCCAGAGUAGCAAAGAAUGGCUGAGAAGGUGCAGAAGGAAUAAUUAUUUGACGUUACCUGUUUCUUUCUCAAGUUUAUGUUUGUUGUUGAUCAGUCUCUUGAUGAAAUUUUUUUUCGAAGGAGUCUCGAGAGAAUUUUUCGUUGGAUAUUUUCUGCCGCAAGUGCAAAGAAAAAAUGGUUGACAACAUUGUUGUUCUGACCGACUUGCGUGGAGAAAGAAAAAAAACUGAGUGGGAUUUUGUUGACAUGA